AUGAGCUCUGGCUCUAGCGUCACCGCAGGCUCGGCUCAUCGUGAUUCAACGCACUCUUCUCACUCUUUACAUGGACCGACACCUUCCCAAGAUCGUUCGUCCUCGAAGAGUUCUCUUGAGCUGCGGGUACUGGAUGCCCAAUUGCCGCUGGACCCAGAACUAAUUACCUCUCAUCCUCGUCUCCCGUGGUAUCAUCGUACUCGGAGACAAAUAUCUGCAAGGUACCCUCGUGCAUACACUAAAUUAUCUCGUUUCCUCUUGUACUGGCGUGGUCCACGACCGAAAUAUGAUCUCCCUUAUCCUCGACCGUGGCUCGAUAUAGACUUUCAUUGGAAAGGAAUCAACAUUGUCCUACCCAUCGAAUCCACGAUCCGGCGAACAACAAAGCCAUUAACGAAUCCAUGGCUAUUCGUUGUUCUUGUCGCUGCCUAUAUCGUCGGGCUCGCGUUCUUCGCCCGUGCGCAAUCUUUCCUCACUCCAAGUGAUGCCUACAUCACAUGCACAUCCGUGUACUGGGAAUCAAAUAAUGGUUGUGGAUUGGAUGGGCAGGAUUGCGGGCCUUUCAGCGAUAGUAGUUUUGAUUUUCGAUGUCCUGCCCAAUGCUCCACAGUUGUGCUGGAAAACCCUCGUACAGUUGGCGAUGAACAGGUGGAAUUCGUUCCACUGAUCGUGGGAGGUGGUGAUGUUAAUAGAACAUACCGUGGUGACACAUUCAUUUGUGCGGCUGCAUUACAAGCGGGCCUCAUAAGCGACAACAGAGGCGGAUGCGCUUCGCUAAGUUUAAUAGGAAAUUUCACCAACUUCCUACCUCUUUCAGCCCACGGGCUCACCUCAAUUGGCUUCCCGACUGUAUUUCCUCUUUCGUGGCAAUUCAAUGACCACACAUCGCUAACUAGCUGUGCGGAUAAUCGGGAUGCCGCACUGGCUAUGAAUAUCUUGGUCACGUUCAUCAUAUUUGUAGUUCUGCGGCCAAGAGCUAUAGUGAUAUUCUGGUGCCUAGUAUGUAUCGGGUACUGGCAUGUUACCCUUUUUUCUCAGCCCCAAUUGAAUCCGCCUCCGCUCGACGUAGCUUUCGGCACAUUUCUACCUGUCCUGUUCAUCUCGUAUGCUUUCUGGCGUCUUGCUUUUCGGUUCACACUUCCUACUUUCGCCAAGUUACCACUUGAAUCUGCGAUUUGGUACCUUGCAACUUUCUGGGCUGGGGUGCUCACGAAUAUCACAACGGACAAAAUACCAAUUGAUACUCUGACUUCCUCAAGCCUCAAAAAGCAACAGGGUGCUAUCGCCGCUCUAGUUAUCAUCGUGAUUAUUGUCGCCGCAAUAGUCAUCAAUCAGAUAAGGAUCAUACGAAAGACUGGUUGGUUUCCAUAUUAUCUUGGAUGGUAUGUAGCCGGUGCUCUUGUAGCCGCUGUUCUGGCUAGUCUCCCUGGAUUAGUCUUUCGUCUGCAUCACUAUAUCAUUGCCAUUGCCUUGAUGCCAGGGACUGGAUUUCCAACUAGACCAUCUGCAGUGUACCAGGGGUUUCUCCUCGGAAUGUUUCUCAACGGCGCGGCUGCAUUUGGCUUAGAUUCUAUUCUACAAACUCCUGCUGAGCUGGUACAGGAUGCUCCACUUGGAACGACAUUACCGAUAUUUUUGACAAACUCAACAAGUUAUAAUGUCUCUAUCCCAUUCGAGAAUCAAACCAUCUUUUGGGAUGCACUCCCUGCCGGAUGGGAUGGGUUUUCUCUCCUAGUAGAUGAUGUAGAACGCUACGUAGGGACUGCAUUAAACUUCUCGCUGGCUGCUUUCAAUGCAUCUCUACCCCACUUCUUCAGACUUGCUCUCACAUCCAGCGGAAAUACCGGGGACUUCACUAUGCCCGCUACGCUCUUUCCUAAUGGGACAUGGAUAGAUCCAGCCCCAGGCAGCUCGACGUGA